AUGCGCUUGUUGAGGCUUCAACCGGGACGCGGCUGGGAAGAACUGAGAGGAGAGCUGAUACGUGUUUCCCUCGAGCACAACAAGCCAAAAUAUCCCUUUACAGCCUUAUCCUAUGUCUGGGGGAACGGCUUGAAACCGUAUGUUCUCGCCAUCGGAGAUUACGCUUUACGGAUUACUGCUUCAUUAUACUUCGCACUGAAACGGUUGCGAGAAGAAAAACGGUCGAUCCUCCUCUGGGCAGAUGCUAUCUGUAUCGAUCAGGCCAAUGAUACAGAGAAAGGCCACCAAGUGCGCUUGAUGUCAGAAAUUUACAAGUCCGCCCUCCGCGUGUGCGCGUGGCUGGGGAAUGAAGCAGAUCAGAGCAAUUCCGCGAUAGAUUGGCUCUGCAAGAUCAAAAAGGCCUCCGAAUCCCCGAAGCAAGCUGCUAUGGUGAGGCUACCCUCGGCGGACAACCCGGUGUGGGACAUUGUCAAGAAAUGUUUUGGACGCGAUUGGUUCCAUCGAGUCUGGAUUGUCCAAGAGCUUGUUCUUGCGCCGCAUAUCGUCUUGUUGUGCGGCAACCGAACCUUUGAGUGGGAUGAUCUUUAUGUCCCAGCCACUUUGUGCUCAAGACAAGCAGAGAACUCAAAUGCUGCUCUGAUGACGUCGGUUUCCAGGACCAUGGCGCCUGUGCUAAGCCUCGGGCGACUGAGGCGUGCAUAUCGUAGCCAGACCAACUCCACCGCGCAGCGAGAGCUGCUUACACUUUUCAAAGACUUCGAGCACACUCUAACCUCACGCCGGCGAGACAAACUCUUUGCCUUUCUCGGGUUGGCAUGCGACGUCGAUGAUCCCAGCUUCGACCCAGACUAUGCGGCACCGCUUGAGACCGUCGUGCGCAAAUAUGCAGAGGUCUUUGUCCGACGUGGAAAGGGAAUGGAGCUUUUAUAUCAUGCAGGGGCCACCGGCCUGGAAGGCGAUGCUCAUUUCCCUUCGUGGGUGCCGAACUGGGUGACAACAACCUAUCCGAAGACGAUCACCACCUGGAAGAGCAAAUCCGGACUAUUCAGUGCGUGUUCUCAUGUAAAGGAUUCCAUCAGGAUUUCACCACGAAAUGAUUAUACAUUAACCGCCGCCGCUUACGGUGUCGAUCUAAUCGCCAAGGUAGGCCAGAUCUCGUUUACAGCAGGAGACCGAAUACGAUGGUUGAAAGAAGCUUUCAGUUACAUCGAGCCUCUCAGUACUUAUCCUACCGAAGAUAAUCCCAAAGAUCUGGUCUGGAAAGUCCUCAUUGGGGAUGCCCUGGGUCCUCCAUCUGGGAGUUGGAACGAGGUCGAUUUCCGCGCCUCUUACGAGGCUUUCGCCGAAUACCUGCAGAUGGGCGACGACCAUGGUGACUGGAACGUCGAGGCUGCCAAGAUGCGCGCCGUCGCGAAGCUGAACCAGUUUUUAUUCCGACCCCAGGAAUUGCAGAAGUUAAUGUGGUCCUUUGUUCUCACCGCAGAGGAAUUUGCGCAAAGGUUCGUCGAUGCCAAGGUGUGUAUCACUGAGCGCGGCUACGUUGGAAUUGUCCCCGGAGCAGCGCGCGUAGGCAGUCUGGUCACCCUGCUCGUCGGCAGCGCAGUUCCCUUUGUUAUUGACGAGAUCAAGGGAAACAAAGAAAUGCCCCUUUCUACCGGCACCUCGGCGAGUGCUACAUUCACGGAAUCAUGCAUGGCGCCGCGAAUCAGAAACCUGGAUUGUUACAGACGCCCCCUCGGAACAUCAUCCUUUGAGCUCUACAUUCUGUCGUCGAACAAGAUGCCAAGCAAGAAAGCUCUUCUCAUCGCCAGCCCGUUUGGAAGACUUAAAGGCCCGUUGCGGGAUGUUGCAAUGGUGGUGGAAGUCUUGCGCACCCUGAGUUUUGAUAUAGCCGAGUGCUGUGGAGCCAGUGCUACCCGGGAUGGCAUUCUACAGGCAUGGCGACAACUCAUCGACAGUAUUCACCAAGGAGACUGCGUCGUGGUCUACUACUCGGGCCACGGGGGCAUGGUCGAGUCACCCAGGGACCAACCCAGAGACAUAUCAAACCUGGUCGCGACCCAGCCGUGGCGGUACCAGUUCAUUGUACCCAUGGACUUUGACGACACGACGGCGAGAGGAGACUUCGGCGGCAUUCUGGACAUUGAACUGUCGGGUCUGGUGUGGGAAAUGACCGCGAAGACCAAAAACGCCACCGUCAUCCUCGACUGCUGUUACGCGGGGCGCAUGGUCCGCGACCCCAACUUUGGCGCGUCGGCUACGGCGAAAGGUCUCUCGGAAGUGCAGUAUCACGACGUGUCACAAUACGUCGACCGUCUCAAGCAUCUCGACCAGGUACGAACGGAGACGGAGGCCGAGGGGAAUCCGUGGGCGAUCCGCAUCGCCGCCGCCGCGGCGAACGAGUCCGCCUGGGAAUACCAAAACGCAGUGGGAGAGUGGCGCGGGGCGAUGACGGAAGCCCUCGUCCUGGCCAUUGCGGAAAGCAGGGCCGCUAGGAUUUCGUGGUGGACGACAAUGCUGCGGGUCAAGGAGCUCGUGAACGUCCGGUUUCCGUAUCAACAUCCCCGUGCCGACGGGCCCGUGAACCGGCACCAUUUUUCGUUGCAGGAGAGCAUCUCUGGAGCAUACCACAUUCGAAAUGAAGCCGACGGUGCCGUGAUACAAGCUGGCCGCGUUUCUGGGGUGAACCAAGGGAAUGUUUACUCCGUCAUGCCCUUGGGGGCGAAGGAAAUACUGGCCGAAGAGCAACUUGCAGAGGCGCAUGUGACAGAGGUGACGGCGUUUAAGGCGAUUACAAGGCUGUCGUUCACUGGGCCUCAGGCAACUCGACUCCCCGACGAGGGCGCCGUGGCGUUUAUCCGUCACGAAACCCUCCCCAAGUGGCCCGUCACACUCCCUCCUGGACUCCCCUGGCUGGAUGACAUGGUACAGGGCUCAAGGUUUAUACGCAGGCGAGAGCUGGACGAGAACGACUUCACUUUGGCAGAGUUCUGCUAUGAGGCAAACGACAUCGUCCUUCGCAGCUCUCAUGGCCUCGACGUUACAGCAACCCCUUCAACUCCGUCUGAGAAGGAGGUGGCCCAGCUGUUGAAGUCAGCCGAACAGCUUGCCCGCGCUCAGCAUCUUCUGUCACUGGAGCACGAGGCGACUGACGAAAUCCUUCAGCACCGCGUCGAAGUGACGGUGCAGCUGGUGGGAGACCAGUCCUCGCUGGGCAGAGUCCUUGGGCAGGACGGCGCCGACUCUUUGACCGAAGGGGAUCGAAUCGUCAUUUCGCUCCUCAACGACGGCUACGAGACGGUCUACGUGUCCGUCUUCGACAUCAACGCCGUGGGCAAAAUCUCGCUGGUCUCGAUGUCAUCCGGCAUCGAACUCCCGCAUGGACGACGUGAAAUCUUGGGGCGUUCGCUACAUGGGUUUACACUAUCUGGGCUGAAACCUGGACGUUAUACCGGCUGCAACUCAGCAGUAUUUGUUUCUUUGGUCCUGUAUCAAGCCCGAGAAUCUGACAUCCCAUAUAAAUGGGUGGUGUUCCGCGCGAUCGAGAUCGCUCGAAUUCUCGAGACUAUCAAGGCCACACAGCACGUGGCAUCUGUUAGGCAGCAAUGCGUCGAUAAAAUCUGCCGUCUGACGCUUAUUGGUUAUUUCGAUCGAGCGACGGUGUUGAGGCUGAGGCUGCUUGACCGGUUUGGCGCAUCUGUGGCCCUGUGCGUGGUCAACCAGGUUCUCUGGGCACUGCAACCCCAGGGGGCUGUUGAGCCACAUUUUGGACACUGCUUAAGAUCCCCAAGUAUCGUCUUGAACAACGCCAAAUUCCUCCAGCGUUGUUUGAACAAUCAACCUUCAAGUCUGGCGCCAAUGUCGACUUCAAAUACUCCCAUCGUGCAACCCGAUUCUCAACAUGCCGACGAAGCCUACUCUGCUGCCAUGCGCCUACUUCGGCUGGGCCACGAGGAGCAUCUCAAUGAGACGAUCGACCUACUGAGCCAAAGCGUCCUUUUAACCCCAAUGGAUAACCCAAGGUUGGCCGAAAGAAGGAUGAUCCUGGCUGCACUCAGCCUCAAGCGGUGCUCACUCCACCCGAGCCGCGAAAGCCUCGUUCGUGCUUCUAGCAACAUGGCCAGGGCAAGAGAGCUGAUUCCCCCUACUCACUCCCUUUACCCCGUCUACAUCAAAAACCUGGAAACGCUUCGCAAUUGCCAAUUCCGGCAGUACGAAAUGGACGGCAAUCCACAGGAUCUCCGGGCUGCGAUCGGCCUGAGCGAGCAGAUCCUCCGGGACCAGGCCGCCGACGAACGCACCAAACUCUUUGUCCGAGCAGGUCUCGCCCAGCUGUACGGUCAGCUGUUUGAACACGACAAGCAGAACCGGUAUCUGGACCAAGGCGUGGAUCACGGGGAGCAGGCUCUGGAGGAGGCGACAUUGCGGCCCUCUGACCGAGCGCAUUUCUUUGGUUCGCUCGCGCAGGCAUUUUCGAACCGCUACAAGCACGGCGAAAACGCAGCAGAUCUCGACGAGGCGAUUUUACACGGCGAGGCUGCGGUGAACAAUAUAGGGGAGGGAGAUGCAGAUAGAUCGAAAUGGCUGAACAACCUAGGCCUUUCCUACGAACUGCGCUUUGAGAUAUUGGGAAAUCCGACUGACCUGGAGCACGCCCUUCAAUACACUGAAAGGUCUCUGGGGCUGACUGCGCCAGAUGAUCCGAGCUACCCACGGAGAACCAACAAUCUUGCCAAUCAACUCGGGCACAGGUUUGAGCUGACCGGCGAGAGCGAGUACUUGAACACCGCAAUCGAGAAGCUCCGAGCCGUCACAGACCCCCAGAGUUCCAACGCAUCAGAUCAUGCGGCGUACCUGAACAAUCUCUCGUUCCUCCUCAUGACCCGAUUCCAGCGCCAACUGGACUUUGCAGACAUUGAUGAAGCCAUUCAGAAAAGUGGGGUUGCUGUCCACACAACGCCCAAGUGUCACGCAGACCUUCCGAGGUACUACAAUGGUCUUGCAAACGGGCUGAGGAUUCGGUCGGACCAGGAUAGAAGUGGAAGAGACAUCGACGAGGCCAUCCGGUGUGGUGAAGAAGCUCAUCGUUUGUCAGCGGACAGUCCCUUUCGGAACACUUGGCUGGCGAACUUGUCACUUUCCUACCUUUGGCGAUUUCGAGAGAAAGAAGCACCAGGGGAUCUGGAAAAGGCCAUAAAACUCACAGAGGAGUCCCUGUCGUCUCCAAGGGGUCUCCCUGAUCGAGCAAGCCAACUUCUCAAUCUGGGAAACAUGUUGAUCGUCCAGUCUUCGCUGCUGCAUCUCCCAAACGACCUGGAUACCGCAUUGCAAUAUUUCAAAGAGGCGGCGACCAUGCAGUCGGCUUACCCCCUGAGGCGUGUCCAAGCAUCUCGCCGCGCCAUCAGGAUCUUACAACAGAGAGGGGCUUGGGAUGAAAUGAAGACUCUAGCAGAAAUUGCCAUGGAGCUCCUGCCGAUGGUAUGUGGCCGGUAUUUGAGCCGGAAAGAUCAGCAGCAGGCCGUCAUUGAGACCUCCGGCCUCGCAGCCGACGUGUGUUCCAUACUACUCAGAGAAGAUCAGGUUGAGCAGGCGCUGCAGCAGCUGGAGCUCGGCAAAGCAAUUUUAAUCGGCUAUACAAUAGACAAUCACGACGAUCUCAAGACUCUGGAGGCGACUUGCUCCGACCUGGCCGAGAGAUACAGAGAUUUGAGAAACCAGCUAUACCUGCAGCCCACGCUGGAGGGUUCCAGCAUUGGCGAGGGCCAGAUGCAAAUGCGCAGAAAUGCUGCUUACCGGAUGGAAGAGUGUCUGGCCGAGAUCCGUCGGACCCGAGGCCACGAGGACUUUCUCCGCGGUUUCAGUACGGAGAAAAUGAAGGCCUGCGCGAGCGAUGGACCUAUCGUGGUGGUGAACCUCACAGAUAUCAGCAGCGAUGCAAUCGUUGUGUCCCCUUCCCACUUGCAGAGGAUCCCUCUCCCGAAGUUGCGGGCCGGCGGCGAAAUGCCCGCUUUCGUGUCGAGUGCUCUCCGGAAUUUCAGGUCUCCCGACCGCGAAUUCCCAGACUUCCCGGCCGGUCGAGACAUAGGAGGCGAGGACGAGGGCGCUGGGUCGGUAACGACGGAAUUCUUCCUCUCGUGGCUCUGGGAGAGUUGCGUCGAGGUGGUCCUGGAUGCGCUCGGGCCACGACCAACAGCAGGCAGCAUGGAGCAGCUUCCGAGGGUCUGGUGGAUCGGGGCCGGUGUGGCCAGCGGCCUCCCGUUCCAUGCAGCGUCCCUUUCUACGAACAAGUACAACUCGGACAACAAUGCAUUGGAUCGAAUGGUGCCCUCUUACACCCCGUCGAUUAAGGCGUUGUCGUAUUCGAGGAAACAAUCAAAACGAUACGCCAGCACGCCCCAUCAGCAACCUCGAGUGACGGUGGUGACAAUGACCACCACUCCAGGGUAUGAUCGACUCAACGGUGUUCAACUGGAAAGCGAUUUGAUCAAAGAGAAGUGUGACUCUAGUGGCCUGUACGCGUGCGUGCCGCUGUCACAGCCCACGGGCGAGGCCGUUUUGGAAAGCAUGGGGCGCUCGGAAAUCGUCCACUUCGCGUGCCACGGCAAGUCUCACAGCCGCGACCCCUCGAGGAGCCACCUCCUGCUGCAGAAACACGACGAGGCCGACCGCCCCAAGGUGGACGAAUUGACCGUCUCAAGGGUUUCGAGCGCCGACCGCGCCGACAGCACCGGGCUCGCGUGGAUCGCGUACCUGUCGGCCUGCUCCACCGCUCAGAUCACCGCCGCCAAGUUCGCCGACGAGGGGAUCCAUAUGUCGAGCGCGCUCCAGGUCGCGGGCUUCGCUCACGUCAUUGGGUGCCUGUGGCGCGUCGAAGACAACAUAUGCGUCGAGGUCGCGGGGUAUUUCUACGAGGCUAUUAUUGGUGGGGACCGUCGACAGCUUGGCAAUCGCGCCGUCGCGGAGGCUCUGAGGACUGCUGUCCUCCGGUUGAAGAUUACCCUCGGGGCUACCCCCAGUUCUCCGCUCUUGUGGUUGCCAGUGACGGCUUUUACAUCUGUCGUCGAUUUUCCCACAUCCGGGCCUCGCCUCCUCCUGCUCAAGCAGGACAAGCUCUCUCAGUUGGAGAAGCAGCUCGAGCAGGUCGACGACGAAGAACAGUCGCCGCUGUUCCUGGAGAAGAGCAGGCUGGACGCGAACGAACAACGCCGGAGCGUGCUGGCGGAGUUGGCUGACUAUGACUCUUUCGUCGAGCGAACGUCGCGGCUUUUGCAGCUCAAGCCCGCCAGUCCCGGGGACGUCACGAGCUUGAAGAACUGGGUCGACGGCACGGCUUCGCUGGCCAGGGAGGAGACCGAGUACCUGGACGGCCCGCGGGAUUUGGUCAAUCUGGCCUCCUUGGGAGACAGUGCCAUGGCCAAGCUGGAGGUCUGGGUGGAGGCCAAGAUGAUCCGAUUCUACCCUGGCUUUCGCAAGUUGCCGCUGCACGAGAUCUCGAGGGACCCGAAUGUCUACAUCUACUCCGGCGGCCUCGUCACACACAUCUUUAAAGCGGUCUUGUUGUUCCUCGUGGUCGCCCUGCUGUUGACGCCCGUGUUGCUGUGCAGUGCCGUGGAGAGCAUGGCCCUCCGGAUCACCUUCACGGUUGUCGCCAACAUCUUGACCCUGUCGAUCCUGACCAAUUUGGCCAAUUCCAGGACGUUUGAGCUUUUUGUCGCCGGGUCAACCUUCUAG